AUGAGAUCAGCUUCACGCUGGAACUCAGCUCAACAGCUCUCCGACAUAGUCCGACUCUCAUCCUCACUCAGCAACAAGUCUUACAUCUGCCGCAACCAUGAAGUUUUCUCUCGCCUUCACUAUCCUGGCCAUCGCCGGCAUUGCCUCGGUCGUCCCAGCCCCCAAGCCCAACACCCAGUCGCUGAAGAACCAAGUCAAGGGCGUCGCCGCGCAGACCACAUCCACCACAAGCGAGAGCACAGCACAGUGGACCAAUCGCAAGGUAUCGCCCCGGUGCUGUGCUACGGCUCCCUAACCACUUCGCUGGAUCUGCUCCUGGAUCACAUCCUCGCCGACCUGGACAUCAACGCGGGCAGCAUUGUCGGCUCCGUUGGCCUUCUUUGCAAGCUUUACGAUAGCACCUGCACCUCGACGCCGCAGUGUUGCUCUGAGGUGAAUCUCCUAGUAAGUUCCACCCCUCCUGUUCAGACCAAGAUGAAAUACUAA